UAAGCGGCGCCUGGUUGACAUUGUUGUUGUUAUGAGUAAAUGAGAAGCUCAUUUUUGGGAUUAAUCUCCUUCUGUCACGUUUUCUGUAUAUUAACGGCGACCGAAGCUCGUGGUCACACAAUUGUGGACGUUACAACUGAGAGACAAACUGCCGGAAAACGAUCAAGGAGAGAACGGGCACCGAGGCCGCUCAGGUUGUCACUGAGUGCUGACCCUAUCAGAGGAGAGAAGGCCCCGCCCCUCCCCCCUCCCACAGCCCAGUCGGGGGGGAGUCUGACUUCAUGAUCACAUGACGGUGGACAUGGACGGCGUCCUGUCCAACUUCGUCCGCUCCACGGGGGCGGAGCCAGGGCUGGCCCGGGACCUACUGGAAGGUAAGAACUGGGACCUCCCGGCCGCCCUGAGUGACUUCCAGCAGCUGCGGCAGGCGCACGCUGGGAGCCUGUCCCGCGCUUUACGCCCCCUGCAGGAGAAGGAGGUGGCCAGGGUGGGGAGGCCCGUGCUCCAGCGUCAGGAUGACGUUGUGCAAGAGAAGCGUCUCUCCCGGGGCAUCUCCCACGCCAGCUCCGCCAUCGUGUCCCUGGCCCGCUCGCAGGUGUCCGCGCCGGGGGGCGGGGGGGCCGGCCUCAGCGAGCCCCCCCCACUGGAGACGCCGCUCUGCACCUUCCAGCUGCCCGACCUCACCGCGUUCCAGGACGACUUCCGCGGCUUCCUGGAGCGCGACCUCAUCGAGCAGUCCAUGAGGGCGGCGCUGGAGCAGGCUGGUCGGCUGAACUGGUGGACCCGUGUGGGAGCCAGCUGUCAGAGCCUGUUGCCCCUGGUGACCAGCGGGGACGGAAACUGCCUGCUGCACGCGGCCUCCCUGGGGAUGUGGGGGUUCCACGACCGGAACCUGAUGCUGCGGAAGGCCUUGCACGCCCUCAUGGACCAGGGCGAGGAGAGGGGGGCUCUGCAGCGCAGGUGGAGGUGGCAGCUGACCCGGCAGAACAAGGAGUCAGGCCUAGUCUACACAGAAGUUGAGUGGCAGAAGGAGUGGAACGAACUUCUGAAGCUGGCCUCCUGUGAACCACGGAUACACUACAACGGCAGCCUCAGCGGGGUGGAGCCCCCAGAGGAGCCGGUGUAUGAGAGUCUGGAGGAGCUCCAUGUCUUCGCCCUGGCCCACGUGCUGAGGAGGCCCAUCGUGGUGGUGGCCGACACCAUGCUCAGAGACUCCGGAGGAGAGGCGUUCGCGCCCAUCCCGUUCGGCGGGAUCUUCCUGCCCCUGGAGGUGCCGGCCGCCAAGUGCCACCGCUCGCCGCUGGUCCUGGCGUACGACCAGGCCCACUUCUCCGCCCUGGUGUCCAUGGAGCGGCCGGACAGCGCCAAAGAGCAAGCGGUGAUCCCUCUGCUGGACUCGGAGCACCGGUUGCUGCCUCUUCACUUCGCCGUGGACCCCGGGCCAGGCUGGGAGUGGGGCCAGGACGACGGAGACAACGUGAAGCUGGCCAGGGUCACCUUGUCCAUGGAGGCGAAGCUCCACCUCCUGCACAGCUACAUGACCGUCACCUGGCUGCCCCUGCCCUGUGACACACAGGCCCCGCUGGCCCAGCCGGACUCCCCCACUGCCUCCGCGGAGGGCCACGCCCGCUCCCCCCCCGAAUCGGGCGAGUCCGACAAGGAGUCCGUCUGCAGCGUCUCCAACGGCAACGGCGGGGCCAAUGGGAGCGGGGGGGCGGCGGCCGAAUCCUCCAGCUCCGCCUCCAGCUCCAGCACCUCCUCCAGCUCAGGAGGCGCAGGCGCGGGGGACAGGGAGAAGAAGAGGGCCGAGUCCGUGGCCAACAAGCUGGGCAGCUUGGGCAAGACCCUGGGCAGCCGGCUGAGGAGGAACGUGGGCGGGCUGAUGACGGGCGGGGCCAAGGGGGCGGGCGACGGGCAGGAGAAGAAGAAGAAGCAGAAGAAGAGGGGAUCGCUGAAGGGGGGGAAGGACGGCGUGGGCGUGGGCGUGGGCGUGGGCGUGGGCGUGGGCGGGGGUGUGGGUGGGGGCGGGGGUGUGGACGCUCACACUGGCUCUGUGGGCGUGUCCGGCCCGGAGGACUCUGGGAAGGGCUCUCCGGCGUUGGGCCCCGGUCGGUACGGGCCGGACGUGCGGCAGAGUGCCGGGGCCAUGCGGGCGGCCAUGCAGGGCCACAGGACGCGCCUCUUCGCCGGCCUCCUGGCCUCCGGGGGGCGCCAGCCCUUCCAGGAGGAGAUGAUCCAGGCGUACCUGGCCGAGGCACGCCGCCGCUUCCUCUGUGAGCAGCAGGCCCGCCCGGAGCCGGCGCCCGCCGGCGUGUACCGCUGCCACGACUUCACGCCCAAACCCUACGCCAUCCCCCGCCCCUCCCUCAUAGAGCCCGCCCCCGCCCCCGCCCCGGAGCCGCGCGGGCAGCUGGCCGGGGCCGGCCUGUCGUACGCCAGCCUCCCGCGCCACCGCCCCCUGCAGGCCGCUCAGUACCUGAUCCCCGCCUCCUCCCUGCCCCCCGGCCCCGCGCUCCCCCGGGGCCCCGGCCCCCUGGACUUCCUGUCGCCCGGGGCCCGGCCCUGCUCGCUGGGCAGCGCAGCGGGGCUGCAGUCCUGCAGGACGCCCGCCUGCAGCUUCUACGGCCACCCGGAGACGGGGAACUACUGCUCCUGCUGCUACCGCAACACGCUGAAGAGGAGCACCUCCCAGGCCCCCCUGCACCUGGUCUGAGUCCCCCUGGGCUCCGUCCACCCUCUCAACUGCCCUCUUUCUUACUUUUUCACUAAGCUACGGCCCUUUGGACACAGGGACGUGCUGACUGCCUUCUUUACGGAGGGAGAGGGCAGACCUGCAAUAAGAACUACAAUGAUUAGCCUGGUUUUUAGCCGUGGGUAUAACAGGGGACAUGUUUUGCUAUCGGGAGGGUACAGGUUGCAAAUCUGUUUCUCUCCAAAUUAUUUAUAGAUCGAUUGAUUUGAAUUAAAUUUAUUUGGUUUGUAAUUCAACCUUAAUGACGGUCUUCAAAAAAAAAAUCCCACUACUUCAUCGACCUCCUUCCCCCUCGGGAGCUCAGCCAAUCCGAAUCCAGCACCUUAUUUCUCGAGCAUUAUCCAUGUGCUGGGUCCGACUGAUGCGUUAUUGCUGCACUCUGCUGCCACCAGGUGGGAAAACGCAGCAACAACAGCCCAAUGUUCAGAAUUUAGAAUGGGCCAGGAAUGGGUAGUGUUGGGUUAUUGUCUCUCAAAUCUGGCACCUAGAAUUUGACUGAAUUUCAGCUCAGACGGUGACUUUUGCACUUAUGAGGGGUCGUCAGAAAUAUACUGGAUCUGACUCAUGAUUCUAAACGAUUGUUUCGCUCUGGGAGAAUUGGAACAGUUUCCAAUGUGUGUCUCGAAAGAGAGUUUGUGCUUGAAAAAUGUUGAUGCAGAGGGUCGUCAACCGUGGUCCUUCAUGGCAGCCGUCUGUUGUUUUGUUGUUGUAAUUCGGCUGCUGUUUGUUCAGUCAAACCAGUCAAAAAAUAAUAAUUUAUAAAAAUCUCUCUGCACAAAGCAAGCACUUUCAGACUGAGAUCUGCGGGUAGAAAUUUGCGUUUGGUGGCGAAAUGUGGUUUGAGUUGGAAUAAAAACCGACGGAUAAAGACGCCCUCUGGUCGCCGUGUGUGGAACUGCAGUUCCCUUGGUAUAAACCUCAGUCCGCCCCGUUUGGAGUUUUCGUUCAGCGGAAAGAGUCCAGCCAGCUCCAUAUUGACGGUGAUAUCAGCGACCGAAGUUUGUAAUGGUCGGAGAGAGGCUACGCAAAGCUUAAAAAUCAGUCAAUGUGUACCCUCGCUGAACCAACACACACACACACACACACACACACACACACACACACACACACUGCUCAUGUCCCUCAGACAUAAAUUGAUGUAUGCAAGAAUCAUUAUGUGGCUUUGACCUCGCACAGAAGCAAUAGAAAAUGCGUGUGACUGCUCAUUUGGGGGUGGUGGGUAGAGGGCCGAGGACAUUGUCGAGGUGGAGAGACCCCAGAAAAUAUUCCCGCAUUUCUGAAACGUAGGUCGGAUUGGGUGGAGCCUCCCUGCUGGGUUUCAGUGCAUGGCGGAGACCAAACCCAACAACCCAAAGAAACAAUUUUAUCGCAAAACAAGUUGACUUGAAAUGCAGUGUGUUCUGAAAGAUAUAUUUUCUUAAAAUGGAUGCAGACUACUAGGUUGUCCAACGAGUGUGAGUGUUUUCACUGAUGUGUAUAAUCUGGACUCGUCGCUAAAACCAUGUACAUUAGCAAGACAUGUUUAGCAUUGCUGUUUAGUUGAGUUUUUAUCUUUAAAUUGAUUCAGUGUUUUGUGUUUUUUUAUUUUUUUCAUUUUAGCCAUAGCUUCGUGUUCAUCUUCAUCUUCAUCUUCAAAGUGUCUGCGAUUGUAUUUCUGAAUAAUACAUCAGACUGGUGGGCGCUCUCAUAGUUCUCAUAGUUCUGUGCGUGCUCGUGGCUUUGUGCAUUAAUCUGUCCAACACCCAAAAGUUCAAGUGUACAUUUAUUCGAAUGCAGUGGUGAAACGGAUGGGAAAUCAAAAGUGUGAUGAUGAUGAUGAUGAGAUGCGAUAUACUUCUUAUUCCUGUGUGUGUGUGUGCGCGUGGGUGCGCGAGUGCGCGCGCGUUUUUUUCUCUCUUCUACCUAACCUCACAUUUUCCACCUACUCCAAGCUUUGGGACUCCUACAAGACUGCAAAAGGUUAUUUUUUUUGUAUUUAAAAAAGGAUAGAGAUUGUACAAAUCUGUAUCUUUUAGUUAUUUUUUUAAAUCUAACGUUUUGCAAUGUUUUUAAAUAUCGAUUAGAAUGUAUGUUCCUGUACUUUUUUUUUUUUUUUCUAAAAGCAAACUUCAAAGAGCCUGGAUUUGUGAAGGAAAUGCUCAUUCGUCUGCGUUCUCCUUCUGUUGUACAACGCAGGAUCUUCAACGUUGGGGUUUCCCGGGAACAAACUCCAUUAACUCACAAAACUGGUUUAAGAAUUUAUAUUUAUAGUCACAAUUUUCUGAAUAUUCUAUUGGGAAUGUUCCGUUUAACGAGGGUGUUCCUUUCCUGCGCAGGUCAUUUGUCAAAGUUUUCUUUUUAUUAUUAUUAUUAUUAUUAUUAUUAUUAUUAUUAUUAUUAUUAUUAUUUUAUUAUUAUUAUUAUUUACUUUCACUCUUUUAUUUUUAAGAUAGUCAACUACCACGGUAAUAUCGAGUGUAAUAUGUAAUGUGGUUGGGUUUCGCAGAAAAUAGUAUUUCUAUCCAUGCCUGUGGAAUGGAUUUUUAUUUUAUUUAUAUAGUUUGAAUCGUUUUAUUUCUACAUAAGAUUAAUUUAUGCACUGUUGUGGCCAAAUGGGACUACGUCUUGUUUUUACUAAGCUUAACGAGCAAUAAUGGGGUACCGUGGCGAUUGGAUUUGCUGAUCAAAGAGCCACCAAACCGCCAAAACUACCGUAAUUUAACUAUGUGGUUAUUUAACUCACCGGCCGCACGGCAAUGUAUUCGGUUGGAAAGAACACCUAUUGUAUGUCCUCAAACUGUUUUUGCACCGUUUAAAUAAAUUGUUUUAUUUCA